AUGCUACACCCUGCUGAGGAGCGUGCGCAAGAAACCUACUACGAUGUGCUUUGUGUUGAAGAAACCGCAAGCUAUGAGGAAAUCCGAGCACAUUACAAGGCGGCCGUCCUUCGCUCACACCCAGACAAGCUCAGCUCCAAACAGGCAAUUGGGGAUCACCAGGUGGUACAAGAGAGAUUUCUGAAGAUCCAUAAGGCCUGGGAAGUUCUCAGUGAUGCAGAGUUGAGAGCAGCUUAUGACAGGCACUUGAAGGGCUUGAAAUCUGGCCCAUCAGUGUAUGCAGAUGAAAUUGAGUUGAAGGAUAUGAGUGUGAGUGAUUGUGGAGACGCUGUGGAGCUCAUUUUCCCUUGUAGGUGUGGGGACAAUUUCUCAAUUACUUUGGAUGAGUUGGAGGAGAUGGGAUUUCUGCUGGAUGGUAACAGGGUGUUGGAGGGGCAGGAUGUCUCUGAUCUGGCACCUGUGUCCGUUACAAUUUCUUGUUCCUCAUGUUCUUUGAUGAUUUGCUUAAGAAUAGAUAGCACUUGA